CUCUUUAGGGGUGGGCUUGCAAUUAAAGAAAAAUAAGACACGCCGUGAAAUAAAGAAAGCCACCCCCGCCGUUCAGAAUGCAAUUCCAUUUGACCGCCGCCGCGUCGCCGCCGGACACCAGCAAAACCGCCAAGUUGGAUCGCUAUCACAGCUAUCUCCGCAAGGUCAACAACACCAAACUCAUCGCCGCCUCUUCCAAGCUCCUCUUCAGAAUCACUCUCUUGAUUGCCCUGUUGCUGAUCUUUUUCUUCACCGUCAACUACCCGCCGGUCUCCGAUGGCUCCGGCCACCGCGCCACCGUCCGCUCCACCACUCACAGCCUGUUCUCGUCCGCCUUCUACGGCGGCGGCGCGUCUUGGGAGAAGCGGGUCCGCGGGUCGUCCACUCCCCGCCGCACCAACGGGUUCUCCGUUCUGGUCACCGGCGCCGCCGGAUUCGUCGGGUCCCACUCUGCUCUGGCGCUCAAGAAGCGAGGCGACGGCGUCUUGGGGUUGGACAAUUUUAACCCUUAUUACGAUCCGUCGUUGAAACGCGCUCGCCAGAAGCUUCUGGAGAAACACCAGAUCUUCACCGUGGAAGGAGAUCUGAACGACGGCGAGCUUCUCAAGAAGCUCUUCGACAUUGUGCCGUUCACCCACGUGCUCCACCUCGCCGCGCAGGCCGGCGUGAGAUACGCGAUGCAGAAUCCUCUCUCUUACGUCAGUUCCAACAUCGCCGGGUUCGUCAGCCUCCUGGAAGUGGCGAAAGCCGCCGAUCCUCAGCCGGCGAUUGUCUGGGCAUCUUCGAGCUCUGUUUACGGGCUCAACACCGACGUCCCUUUCUCCGAGGACCACCGCACGGAUCAGCCGGCGAGCCUCUACGCGGCCACCAAGAAAGCCGGCGAAGAAAUCGCUCACACUUAUAACCACAUUUAUGGGCUUUCUUUAACUGGGCUUCGAUUCUUCACAGUUUACGGCCCAUGGGGCAGGCCCGAUAUGGCCUAUUUUUUCUUCACCAAGGAUAUGAUCCAAGGGAAGGCGAUCAACGUGUACGUGACGCAGGAGGACAAGGAGGUGGCGCGUGACUUCACGUACAUUGACGACAUCGUGAAGGGGUGUAUGGGGGCGCUGGAUACGGCGGAGAAGAGCACCGGCAGCGGCGGAAAGAAGAAGGGGCCGGCGCAGCUGAGGGUUUACAACCUGGGGAACACGUCGCCGGUGUCGGUGAGGAAGCUAGUGGCAAUUCUUGAAAAUUUGUUGAACAUCAAGGCCAAAAAGAACGUGAUCAAGAUGCCCCGAAACGGCGACGUUCCGUUCACCCACGCUAACGUGAGCCUCGCCUACAAAGACUUUGGAUAUAAACCAACGACUGAUUUGUCCACUGGGUUGAGAAAGUUCGUCAAGUGGUACGUUAGCUAUUACGGCAUCCAAUCGAGGGUAAAAAAGGAAUUUGAUGGCACAACUCUGUAAUAGUUUUUGGCUUCAUUUUUUUUCUUUCUUUUUCUUUUUAUAAAUGUUGUUGAUGUAUUUUUUCUAGUCAUUUAAUUUGAAGAUAGUUAUUAUAAAUAUAAAUAUGUGUAACAAAUGUGAGAAAUGGACAACUAUUUCUUGAAAUUAAUAAAGACAAGUGGAAUUGUGGAAAUGAGUUUAAAUUUAUUACUUUUAAAAUGCAUAAAAAAUUGAAUGAUUU